GGCAACACGACCUCCCUCAUUCAUGAUAGCGGGAGAGGCGACAUGGGACAGGGUUUCCGAAGGUUCACGCUCAGGGCAAUCGGAGUUCUGUUUGGUUUUUUCUCCACGCACACAAAUCAAGCACCACAUCCAGUUGCGAUUCCCAGUCGAGGUUUCUUCCUGAAUUAUCUGCGAUGUCAUAGUAUCUCUCGAGGUCUCUGAAAAUAUCCAUCUUGUCGAGACCCUCUCCCGAGGAGUUCGGCGACCGUGUACCAUGCCGACGGGAGUCCAAGACGUACUGCCAAUGGACGGGGGAAUACUCGAACGCUAGGGUCGCGGGUAGCUCUGUCCUUGUGGCUUUACACAGUGCAAAGAGCUCUCGUAUUGCCGCCGGCUCGCAACCCUGGCAGUCCAUCUUGAACAAAGGACACACGCACCGCACUACACGUAUUUCCGUGUGCCUGUCCGUCACGCUUACCUUCACGAAAUUGAAGGCAGCAUUUGGCUGUUCAUUCUUCCCCCGAUGAAUGUUGAAUGACGUAGACAUAGCUUUGUUCAAAUAUUGCUGAUCGGUCGAUGGGGCGAGAAACCACCGAAGAGGUAGCGACCAAACAUCAAAGGACUGAUAGUUUCCUCCGACAACUCCUUCCAGUGGUUGUGCUGCAGCACAAUGACUGAAAUUGCCCUGAGAGCCACGAUGGAGCCAGCAGUGUCACGCUACCUGUCAAGCUCGAUUGCGACUGCUUCGGGUCCGCGUUUGCCUUCGGGACAACCACGGUGUUGCCUGCGUUACCUGCCUGGCAAUGCGCCACAGAUUCCUCAGUGUGGUCGCUGGCAGCAAACGGAUAGAGCUGCACCCUCUCCGCCAGCUGCACGCAUACGCAGACGGGAGACAGGAACGGCUAGCUUUCUAACAUUUUUCCAUCAUCGUCGAAUAACAAAAAAGACUUACUUGAGGGUUCAGGCGCAGAUUUUGCGCAAGCAUCGCGAAGUUCUUGGGCAGCGGCUCGAAGACAGUAACCUCGCAGUCGAUGGCAGCGAAGGCCAGGGUGCAGGCUCCGAUGUUACCCCCUAUCUCAAGGACGCGGGGCCGCGCCGGCAGAGCAGGGUAUCUCUGUCUCAUUCUCUCCACGUUGCUCAAGUGAGCGAUACAAUCACGCCAGAAUCCGUCCUGUUUUUGAUAACCAGGCCAGGAAUGUUGUGGUAUUCAUUUUCCCACCCACAAAACCUGGGAAAUCGUGGAGCCCACUUCAUCUGGCUCACUCCAGAUCCUGCACGAAGGAAUUCACUCUGAAUCAGGACAGGUCUGAGAGAUCGUUCUCACAGAAACGGAAACUCGUGGUUCCAUGGUUCGGGCAAGCGGUACAUGACUUGUUUGACCUGUGAUGUACAUGGAGAUCACACUAGUACGUCGAAAGUAUUGAUAUUGCACCUGCGGAGGGCUCUCGACGACCUUGGAGAAACCCGUGAAGACGUCAGCCCAUGCUUCCACAAGCAUUCGUUGUUCGGUGCUACUCGCUUGAUUCAAUUCUGGCUGACGUUGUCCAGCGGAAGGUCCACGAAGCAGGUUUCUCGAAAUGGAAACGAUUGAGACCGGGUGGUGGUAUACAACAAGCACGGUACAAACACCGAGCACAAGGAGGAAGACACGUGAAAAAUGGAGGCUCUCCAUUUUCUCUGCCGUAAGUGUAUGUCGCAGGGACGAAAAAAUGGGACAAAAAUGAGAGGGAAUAACAUCCGUGACAUGAAAUAAAAUCUCAAGUAAUGGAAUACAUGCUUCACCUACUCAGUCGUGGAAGAAGCCCAUGAAAUCAACUCAAC